AAGAUUUCUAAUUAACUAAACAUAAUUUCAAAGGAUUGAAAAAUCAACCAAGUUGAAGGGCCAAAAUAAACAGAAGAAAGUAAACUAACAAAAACCAGAAACUCAGUUAGAGAACACCAAAAUUUUGCCAUAAAAAAAACUAACACCAACAAAUGGGUGCAGGUAAGGCGCCCAUUUCCAAUCUACUCCUCCCUUCACAACCACCACCACCACCACCAACUCCAAACCCAAGAGCAACCAGUAGGCGCCUUCUCCUAUUCUCCCUUCCUUUAUUUGCCAUAGCAACUACUGCUAAUCUUCUUCCUUUUAGGACUACAGGUGCUAAAUUUGCGAGUGCUUCAACUAUACAACUGAACUUAAACUCUUGUUUGGCACUAGCAGAAAACUUUGACCCAGUAAGCCAAGCUGAGAAAGAAGCCAGUGAUGCCAUAUCCAGGAGAGUAACAGAAGCUGUAGAGUUGUUGGAGAAAGGGAGGGAAUUGCAUUCUCAAGGCGACUUCAAUGAAGCACUGCUCUACUUCACUAAGAUGGUUGAAAAUUACAAAGAUUUUGCGUUCUCAGAAUAUGGAAGGUUUGGGAGAGCAUUGUCUCUUUACGAGGUUGGGGACAGAGAAGAAGCAAUUGCAGAAAUGGAAGAUAUCUCAAUAUCUUUGAAGGGAUAUCCAGAAAUACAUGCAGCUCUUGCAGCAGCCUUAUAUGCGGACAAGCAUGCCAAAGAAACUAAGCAUGGGCCUCCAAGUUUGGUCAGUUCUUUGCAGCAGUUCAUCACACUUUCAUAAAUAUCAAAGUUAUAUACAAAUAUGAUAUCAUCGCAUCACUCUUCGUUACUGUUUGGUAUUGCAUUUCAAACAGGGGUUGGAUAAAAUUUGAAUUUUUUUUGUUAAUUUUUUUUUAUGUUUUUGAAUUUUAUUUUGAAGUAUUUCCGAGUAAACAACACUUUGAAAAACAAUUGUUAGUACACUUCCAAACACCAUCUUCAUCCAUGAUCCAUCCAUGAAUUUGCUAGUUCAUAAUUAAAUAUGUAAUGCUAAGACAACUAUUGUUUUGGCUCUCAAAGUAGCAAAAGGAGGACUCAAAUCCGAGUUCUAUCCCCCUAUCUUUGCAUAA